UGAACUCUCUGAUCCACCUAACAUUUCGCGUCGCCCACAGAACCUACCCCUCCUAGCUAGGCUACAACUUCGGCAUCGGCCGGCGAUGGCUAAUCUGGCAGAAGCUGGCUACGUGUUCCAACCCACCGGCCGUGAGCUCGUCGGCCACUACCUCAUGCCCAGGGCGGGGCUCGGCGGCUUCUUCCUCCCCGCCGUCAUCGAGGAGGGCGUGGACGUCUUGUCCUUGCGCCCACGCGCGCUCUCCUUCCCGAAAAACCACAGGAGGGAUUACGGCGAGGUAUGGGGCUUCUUCUUCGCGGCAAAGCCCGCCGGCGAGACGUGCCCGACGCCGGGCGCGGGCGGGUGCUGGGAGCAGUACGGCCAGGAGAAGGCGUACUACGGCGGCGAGGGCAGCCGGGAGGCAGUGGCGUUCAGGCGCAGGUUCGCGUACCGCUACACGUGGAGGGACGGGGAGGUAAUAUCACAGAUGCGCUGGCGGAUGAAGGUGUACCGGCUCAACAGGAACGCGGCCGCCUUCCGCCGCGCGCACCCCGGCCCCGUGCCACCAGACGUCGUCUUCGUGGUCCACAAGGUCUACAGGAAGCCGCUGAUCCCUCCGCCGCUGCCGCCCGACAGCAGCUCCAGCGAGGACGAGGGCUCCGAGAGCUACGUCGUAUACCCGGGACUCGAUGAGAUCAUGCGGAGGUUAACGGAGGGGAACUAGGGCGACCAAGGGGCGGUGCUGCCCCUCCUGCAGGAGUAGCAUUACGCCACAGCUGCAUGUUCAUUUCUUCAGCGUUGUUGUGUGUGUCUCUUGUUUCAUUUCAGUUCUGGAUUGUGCGCUCGAUCUAGUUGAGGCAGAUUGGUUGCUCUAGUUCAUCGAUCGCUGUUUUCAUCGUUUCGGAGUUUUCUUCUGUCGCUUAGACAUAGCUUUGAUCUUGUAUGACUUUGCUAUUUGUAUGUGUAUUUAUCUGUGUGUGCGUGUGUUGGUGUGGCUGUGUGUAUCCUAGCUAUGUGAGGGUUGUGAUUGUGCUCAUUGUGUUUGUAUAUAUUUGGUUGAUGCUUCAUUUGAGUCAAUAAAAUUCCCCCUUUAUCAA